GUUGGUGUAUUCCGUGACUGUUUACACAGUGAGAGACGCCGCCGCUCGUUCGCCUGAAAGUCCACCAGUGAAGUGAGGACUGUCCUCGAGACUCAAACCCGCACCGAGACGCCAACACACGGCGUCGACCGCCGCCACCAGCUCACCCUCACCCUCCCUCACCUACUCUGCACUGCUGUGGCCGCUGUUGCGCUUCUGCUGCUGCAGCGUCCAAGUUGUCCGGCACAGCGAGAUCAUAUCUGGAGUGGCACCGGCCGGAAUGCUCGCUCUCUCCCCCCCGCUGAAUGGGACGUUAUAGAUGGGCCGCGCAGGAUGUGAAGCCUCGCUAGAAGAAGCAGGAGCAGGAUGGAAAAACCACGCUCGUCUGCGGCGGCGGUGCCACCGCUGCUGCCGCCGCUGCUGCUGCUGCUGCUGGGCUUCCUCUCAGCGUCCUCCGUCAACGCCGACACGCUGCUGUCAGCUCCACUCAAUGUGACCAUCAGAGAGCUUGAGGUCAACUCCGCCGUGGUCACGUGGGAAAUCUUGGAGGGGGAUCCCGUCAUUGGAUUCGCCAUCACGCAGCAGAAGAAGGAUGUGCGCACGCUGAGAUUCAUACAGGAGGUGAACACCACCACGCGCUCCUGCGCCCUGUGGGAUCUGGACGAGGACACCGAGUACAUCGUGCACGUUCAGAGCAUUAGCAUGGGGGGCAGCAGCCCCCCCAGUCAGCCUGUUCUCUUUAGGACGCCCAAAGAGUCAGAGAAGAUGGCAUCCAAGAGUCCAGACGAGGUGACGAUGGAGGAGUUUGGUCACGCCGCCCAACUGAGGGCUGGAGAACUCAUCAUCAUUGUAGUGGUGCUCGUCAUGUGGGCAGGUGUGAUCGCCCUGUUUUGCCGCCAGUACGACAUCAUCAAGGACAACGAGCCCAACAACAACAAGGACAAAGCCAAGAAUUCCUCAGAGUGCAGUACUCCCGAGCACCCACAAGGGGGGCUACUGCGCAGCAACGUCUAAGACCAGCCCUGCAUCCCCUUCUGCAAUAACCAACUCCUCGUACCUCAGGACAGGUGAGGGAGGGACAGGGACAGGGACAGGGACAGGGACAUGGACAUG